AUGGCCUUUAACAUUGAACAGAUUAGAGAGAAAAUUAUCCAAGCUACCCAAUCUGCGGACGUUGGCGAGAUAAUUCGAGACAUACUGAAGAUUCCCGAGGUAUCUAAUGCGUUUUACAACGAUCGCGUAUACGAGGAUUUCGCACCGAAAUUUCGAGAUAUUCUUGCAAUUACGUCACCAUCAACCCCAUCCCCGCACUUCACUGGCAACUUCACUACAACAUUACCCGCCCAGGCUUCCCAAAGAAAUAGACCAAUGCCCCCCAACGACGAUAACAGCUCUUCAACCCCAAGGAAACGGAGUGCUUUCGGAGACGAAGAUCAUUCUAAUAAUCCAAGAGCACCGAAGUGCAUCCGCAUCGACGAUGGGAGGGGAUCAGAAUGCUCAUCUCAAGAAGUCUCAGCAGUAUCUGUUACUUCAACACCCACGGCUCAGAACACAAAUGUUGACGACGAGGGAGAGUCAGAAUGCUUUUCUAGAGAGCCCUCAAGUACUUUCACGCCUUUGACUCAGUACGAAAGCGACAACGAGAGGGACAAAGAAUACCCAGCCAUCAGAGGUCAACCUCAAAUUCAAUCCCAAGAGACCCUGCCCCACGGUGUCCAGACCCAAGGUGCCCAGACCCAAGAUGCUCAGACACAAGAUUCCCAGCCACAAGAUUCCCAGCCACAAGAUUCCCAGCCACAACAGAACCAGCCACAACAGAACCAGCCACAACAGACCCAGCCACAACAGGUCCAGCCCCAAGAAGACCAACCCGAAGACGAAGCACCUCAGAACAAUCCACCCAGCUCGCUUGACUUUGGGGAAGGGCUCGUUAAAAAGGCUAGAGGUAAUUGGGCUCCCAGGCAUCUUUCAAAAGCAUGGCAUAUCAGCUAUGCUGCCAGAAAUCCGAUUCAGCCAACAAUUGAGAUUAAGCCCACGGACUCGGACUUAGAACGACUCAGGAAACUGGCGGAAACUUAUGGUAAAACCCAUUUUUGGGCUGAGUCUCACAAGAAAUUUUCCGCCGUUGCAGCGGCUCUCUAUCGUAUAGCAAUGUCACGAGAGUACGACGCACAAAAAGCAUCCACCAUUAGCACCGGCAAUUCCAACGAUUCCAUUAAAGACCUAAAUGACGAGUUUACUGACAUGGUUUUCCCAGAAGCGUUGGGAGAGGGAGAGCUUUGCCUGAUCGGUCAGGACGAAGCUACGAAACGUAGAGUACGUGAAAAGAAGAGGCAAAACCUCUAUUACCACCUCGAUACAGGACGGCAAUUACGGAAAGUAGUUGAACGCUUCGGUUAUGGAGCGUUAGUGUACCCUAACCUGUCCACCGAUGACAAGUGCCAACCAGGCCUCAAAGAAGAAUUAUCCAACCUAUCUUACGUUCUCCCGAAGAUGAUAGUAUUCGGGGCCCCACCUUAUUGGAUGGAGAUCGAAAAUAUUAUGAAAAAAGAUCUCAAGCACCAUCAUAACAGAUCGGUCAACGACCUCUUUCCACUGCCCCAAGGUGUUGAUUCAGUAAUGUGCAAACUGGAGAACGAGGAGUUUAUUAAAACAGGCUUUGUUAAGUUUUGGCCUCAACCUCCUGCAGAUGGUACAGAUGGUUUUGACGAUCUGAACGUGAUUGACUUGAGCGGCGCCUCUUCGGGUCUAUCGAGUCUUACAGGCGCAGGGGAGUCAUAUCAAGUGCAGCCACAAUUGGAUGUGCACAAUAUGGAGCCUCAACAUGCGACCGGCGCGCCUCAGAAUCUUGAUUACCUUGAAGCAGGGAACACCACACUGCCGUGUCUGCUUAAUGACCAAUUCACGAUGAGUAAUGAGUCCACAAGCUGA